AUGAGACUGGAACCAAUCAGAUUUGUCAGACUUGAUUCUGAGCAUACCCAGAGUGACGGGAAGUAUGUGAAUCGCGUACUUCCAGUGUUGGACAUGGCCAGAGGUCGUGAUUCUUGUUCUGUUAGUGUUCCAUCAGUUGUUCAUUCAAGAUUUCAGGACCUAGUUCCAGUUCAUUUAAAAGAUGAAGGUGACCCAGACUUAGACAGACCAUCUGAAGAGGAUAUUGAAGAGGUAGAGCAACUGAAUUACAUACAAUUUCUACAGGCCAAUGUUUUAAAUUCUGCANCACCUCCUGCUCCAGUAAUGCAUUCACCAAGUAGAAAGGUCACUGUUAAGGAGCAGCAAGAGUGGAAAAUCCCUCCCUGUAUUUCCAACUGGAAGAACGCAAAGGGGUACACAAUUCCCUUGGACAAACGUUUAGCAGCAGAUGGGCGAGGCCUUCAAGAUCCGCAUAUUAAUGACAAGUUUGCCAAGCUGGCUGAAGCGUUAUACAUAGCAGAUAGAAAGGCUCGUGAAGCUGUGGAAAUGAGAGCUCAGCUAGAGAAGAAGGUAGCGCAAAAAGAAAAGGAGAGGAAGGAGCAAAAGCUGGUGGAGCUGGCACAGAAAGCACGAGAAGAACGGGCUGGCAUCAGAACUGCAGCAGACCGUUCAGAGGAGGAAAAAGAGAGAGACCAACUGCGUCAUGAGCGGCACAAGGAAAGGGAGCGAGACAGAAGAAUCUCAAAAGCUGCUCCAGACAAAAGAUCUAAACUUCAACGUGACAAGGAGCGUGACAUUAGUGAACAGAUUGCGUUAGGCCUGGCCUCAGCCCCACCGUCUCAGGAAGCAAUGUUUGAUCAACGAUUAUUUAAUCAAAGCAAGGGCCUGGACUCUGGUUAUGGUGGAGAUGAUGACGUGUAUAAUGUGUACGACAAGGCCUGGAGACGAGAGGGUAGCACAGCAAAUGCUAUCUACCGGCCUAGCAAGAAUGUUGAUCGAGACGUGUACGGUGAUGACUUGGAAAACCUCGUGCAGACAAACAGGUGAGUUUCACAAGAUGAGGAAGCAAACUCUUGUCGUUGUAAA